CCUUGUCACAAACCAACCAAUAAAUAUAGAUGGAACAACAGGGAAAGUAGAUUUGUUACUUUUGAUUUUGGUGCUGUAGAUAACAAAAACAACAUUUCUUACCAAGAUAUUUGUCCUUCUGAUCUGAUAAAUUCCCAGGCCAAAUACAACCAAAACUUAGCCAUAAAGAAUUCUGCAAAACCUCCCGUCUCUUUCUUUUUUCUUUCCUUUGUGUUUCCCUCCCGUUCUCAAAGGUGACAGUCAGGGAUCUCUUUCUGCCAAGGAAAAGGCCAUCACGACGUUGGUGAUUUUCAUUUUUCGGGUUUCUAGUGAAUCGUGAUUCUGGGCACGAUUCUGGGCUUUCCAAACGGCUUCCCCUUAACAGGAUCUUUCUCCUUUUAUUAGGGUUAUAUUCCAUCCAGGUCCGCUUUCAGGCUCCUCCAGUCCUCCUAUAUAUUUCUGAUUGUAAUUCACUUUUGGCUUCUCAGUUUUUUAUUGUUUUGUGUUUUGGGAAUUUGCUUUUGUCGUUUAAAACCCCGGAGAACCGGAAAGAAAACUGUAGCUUUGCGGUGGCAAAUUCCAGUACGACGCUUUAGCUUCGAUUUAGGUAUUGGAUUUCGUCCAUGAGGGUCUCUGGUACUUUCAUGGAGGAUUGGCAUCUCUAAACUUGUUAGAUAAGGCAGAUCAGCUCCCGCUUUCUACAUUGCAGCUUAUUUUUUGGUGAAUAUAUAGUCAGAAGAUUGUAAAUAAGAUGAGAAUCCUUGCACGCAGUGCAGUUAGUAGAAAACCAAAUGAGAAUAUGAGGCUUAUUGUUACUACUUUCAUUGGAGUAGUUUUUGGCUUUUUGAUAGGAAUAUCUUUUCCGACAUUGUCAUUAACUAAGGUGAAUCUCCCAUCCAGCCUUCUUCCUACAAUUGAUGUCUCAUACAUUAGAAAUAAAGAAUUAGGCAUUCGAAAUGCUUGGUCAUCUUUGCGUGGUAAUAAUGGAAGCUCAGCUCAAGCUCAAAAGUUAAAUGAUUCAUUGAAGAUUUGGGUUCCCUCAAAUCCUAGAGGUGCAGAAAGACUACCUCCAGGAAUUGUUGAAGCUGAGUCAGAUUUCUACCUGCGAAGAUUGUGGGGGAAGCCCAGUGAGGACUUGACCAAAAAACCAAAGUACCUUGUAACCUUCACUGUCGGGUAUGAUCAGAGGAAUAAUAUUGAUGCAGCGGUGAAGAAGUUUUCAGAUAACUUUACGAUCCUUCUAUUUCACUAUGAUGGCCGAACAACUGAAUGGGACGAGUUUGAGUGGUCAAAGCAAGCCAUUCAUAUUAGCAUUCGUAAGCAGACUAAAUGGUGGUAUGCCAAGCGAUUUCUGCAUCCUGACAUAGUGGCUCCAUAUGACUACAUAUUUAUUUGGGAUGAAGACCUGGGAGUUGAGCAUUUUAAUGCAGAAGAAUACAUAAAGCUAGUGAGGAAGCAUGGCUUGGAGAUUUCGCAGCCUGGUUUGGAACCUAAUAAAGGAUUAACAUGGCAGAUGACAAAGAGAAGAGGUGACCGUGAAGUUCACAAACAAACAGAGGAGAAACCUGGAUGGUGCAGUAGCCCACAUCUGCCUCCCUGUGCAGCGUUUGUUGAAAUCAUGGCCCCGGUAUUUUCACGAGACGCAUGGCGCUGUGUGUGGCAUAUGAUUCAGAAUGACUUGGUCCAUGGUUGGGGUCUCGACUUUGCCCUUCGAAAAUGUGUAGACCCUGCCCAUGAGAAGAUUGGAGUUGUAGAUUCACAAUGGAUUGUGCAUCAAACUGUUCCCUCCCUUGGGAACCAGGGAGAAUCGCAUGAUGGGAAGGCACCAUGGCAAGGGGUAAGGGAGAGGUGUAGGAAAGAGUGGACAAUGUUCCAAGGUCGACUGACAACAGCUGAACAUGCAUAUUUUAAAGCAAUGGGUGUCGAUCCUUCCAAUUCGACAGCUCAUUAGGGAAUAGCAACAACAGAAGAUGAUCGCAUGCUACCGGCAGCACCAUCUGCUGCUCAGAGUUUUACAUUCAGCUUGUAAAAUUCUUUAUUUUAGCUUGUAACAAUAUUAUUUUUGUACAAUUCCUUGAACACAUUGAAAGGCAUAGAGUUUUAGUGCCGACUAGAGUUAGUUUGGAGGCACAUUCCACUAUUUUGCAACUAUUAUUACGUAAAUAAUGCCAACCCCACUAUAUCUAUCUUGAUUG